GGCCCGGCGGGGUGCUCGCAGCCCCGCGGCUUCCUCUACGUGGGGGUGAUGACGGCGCAGAAGUACCUGGCGGGCCGGGCCGUGGCGGCGCAGCGCACCUGGGCGCGCUCCAUCCCGGGCCGCGUGGAGUUCUUCUCCAGUCAGGGCUCGGCCGCGCCCCCGCGCCUGCCCGUCGUGGCCCUGCCCGGCGUGGACGAUUCCUACCCGCCGCAGAAGAAGUCCUUCAUGAUGCUCAAGUACAUGCACGACCGCUACCUGGACAAGUACGAGUGGUUCAUGCGGGCGGACGACGACGUGUACAUCAAAGGGGAAAAAUUGGAGGAGUUUCUUCGGUCACUAAACAGCAGUAAGCCUCUUUAUUUGGGGCAAACUGGACUGGGAAACAUUGAAGAACUUGGAAAACUGGGGCUUGAGCCUGGAGAGAAUUUCUGCAUGGGAGGGCCGGGAAUGAUCUUUAGUCGAGAAGUUCUCAGGAGAAUGGUGCCACACAUAGGUGAAUGCCUUCAAGAGAUGUACACCACACAUGAGGAUGUGGAAGUGGGCCGAUGUGUCCGUCGGUUUGGUGGAACCCAAUGCGUUUGGUCAUAUGAGAUGCAGCAGUUAUUCCAUGAAAAUUAUGAACACAACCGGAAGGGUUACAUCCAAGAUCUUCACAACACUAAAAUUCAUACAGCCAUAACACUUCAUCCAAAUAAAAGGCCAGCCUACCAAUAUAGGCUGCACAAUUAUAUAUUGAGCCGCAAAAUUUCAGAAUUACGCUAUCGCACCAUUCAGCUCCAUAGGGAAAGUGCUCUAAUGAGCAAGCUCAGUAACAGUGAAAUAAAUAAGGAAGAUCAGCAGCUUGGAAUGAUGCCCUCUUUCAAUCGUUUCCAGCCACGUGAAAGGAAUGAAGUCAUUGAAUGGGAGUUCCUCACAGGGAAGCUCCUUUACUCAAUGGCUGAGAACCAACCACCCCGACAAAGUAUCAGCAGCGUUCUGCGAGCAGCAUUGGAUGACACAGUGAUGCAGGUAAUGGAAAUGAUAAAUGAGAACUCCAAAUCUAGAGGAAGACUCAUUGAUUUCAAGGAAAUACAAUAUGGCUACCGUAGAGUUGAUCCUUUGCAUGGAGUGGAGUACAUCUUGGAUUUACUGCUUUUGUACAAAAGGCACAAAGGAAGAAAACUUACAGUUCCAGUGAGACGUCAUGCCUAUCUUCAGCAACUGUUUAGCAAGCCUUUCUUCAGAGAAGCAGAGGAGUUGGAUGUAAGAACCCUUGUAGAAAAUAUCAACAGUGACACUCAGUCUUUGUCUUUUCUUUCAAAUUCUUUAAAGAUUUUCUCAUCGUUUCAGGGCACCAAAGAAAUGUGGGGACAUUAUGACAAGAAAAUACAUAUUCUUGUCCCCCUCACUGGAAGAUAUGACAUUUUCUUAAGAUUUAUGGAGAAUUUUGAAAAAGUUUGUCUUAUUCCAAGGCAGAAUGUAAAGCUGGCAAUAAUUCUGUUCAGUUCUGACUCUGGCCAAGAUUCCAGCAAACAUAUGGAGUUAAUUAAAGAAUAUAAUAAUAAGUACCCGACAGCCGAUAUAACCUUGAUUCCCAUGACGGGAGAGUUUUCCAGAGGCUUAGGUCUUGAAACAGCCUCCUCUCAAUUUGACAAUGACACUUUGCUGCUAUUCUGUGAUGUUGACCUGAUAUUCACCCCAGAAUUUCUCCAGCGAUGUAGAGAUAAUACUAUUCAGGGACAACAGGUUUAUUACCCUAUCAUCUUCAGUCAAUAUGAUCCAAAAGUAACAUAUGGAGGAAACACUCCAGCUGAUAGUAACUUUGUUUUUACAAAGAAAAGUGGAUUUUGGAGAGACUAUGGAUUUGGAAUCACCUGUAUUUACAAAAGUGACCUACUGACUGUUGGUGGAUUUGAUACCUCAAUUCAAGGCUGGGGACUUGAAGAUGUAGACCUCUUUAACAAAGUAAUAAUAUCUGGGUUGAAGGCCUUUAGAAGUCAAGAAGUAGGAGUUGUGCAUGUUUUUCAUCCAGUUCAGUGUGACCCCAAUUUAGAUCCUAAACAAUAUAAAAUGUGCUUAGGGUCCAAAGCAAGUACAUUUGCAUCUACCAUGCAGCUCGCUGAAAUCUGGCUAGAAAAACACUUAGGUGUCAGGUAUAAUCGAACUCUCUCCUGACAUUCCAGUUCAUCGUUGCCUUUUUAGGGGAGUUUACCUCAUUAUUGUUAUUUUUAUUUUGUUGUCAUAUUUUUAAACUCCUCUUUGUUGUCUUCCAAAGAUUGUUUGUUGACCUCAAAGAAGACAAGUCUGCUGUUCACUGAUAUUCCAAUUCCUACUGAACUGCUUAGUUGUUUUACUUUCGUACUCCCUUUGUUUGAAAUUGAGUUAACUCACAGCAAUCAAAUGAUCCCACGGAGCACAUCCGUUAUAAGAGUCUGCAUCAAAAGAUUGUUCUCUUUGGGCUUUAGGAUGCAAUACCAUCUUUGUUGCGUUUGUCAAACUUAAUGUGAUAAAAACUAUUUACUGGUGAAGAUAACACAAAAGUGCUUUAUGCUUCCUCUGUGGAAGGGACUCUGUAACAUAAACUUGAGUUUUAUAAUUUAUAUGAGGACUUAUAUAUAUAAACACUACUUUUCUUCGUCUUUAGAAUUUUUUAAGUAAACGAAUAACUAUGAUUGUACCUUUAUUUUUUAAAAAAAAGGAAAAACUGAGGCGUUUGUUUCCAAAUGCAACUGGUACUGGCUACCAACUCCUUAAGCAUCUUAUAAUAAUAAUAAUGAACUCCUCAUUAUUGUCUGCUCUAAAUGCAAAUGAACUUUAUUUUCUCAAGGAAACAUGAUUUAAUCAAAUAUUUGUGUUAUUUUAGAAGCUUCGUGAACCAAUGUCCUUCGUUUGCUGGCAAGAAGAAACUAUUGACAGAACAUGGUUAUUUAUAAUAAAGUACAGACAUGCAGUACUCUUCUUUUCAAACACAUAGAAUAAGUUGCUUUGUCUCUUUUUAAAUGAGUAUCUAAUAUAUAAAAACAUUUCUUUUACAUUCCUUUCAUAAAACUGCACUUGAUGCAAAGGGUGAUUAAAAGGAUAGUUAAAAUUGCUUUUCUACAUUGUGCAUUAAUAUUGGUACUCUGAGACCAACCAUUGUUAAAAUUUUAAAAAUGUAAAAAGUAAUUAUUUAAGGUUGACAAUUUACUCUUGCUGGUCAAAGUUCCUUGCCAAUAUAUUUAUAUUAGUGGAGGUUAUAGGACUGUGUUACGAUUUAUCUCUCUGGACGGCCUGAAAUGAUCAUAUUAUGGAUUUGUGGAGUAGAAUAUUUAAAGAUGAAGCCAACUUAAGUAAAAUAAAGUAAUUUUUUAUAUUUAGAGAGAAGUUUUUUUGUAUAGGAAGAAUGUAUAAUCACUUUGAACAUUGCUCACCCUUUCAAUUGUAGAGAUGCUUUCUUGCAAAGGUCUUCUGUUUUAUCAUUCUUUUAGGCACACAUUUAAGAUGUUUUACUAUGAAUCUGUGGUAAAAUCAGACACAUGCAAGAAACCAUCAGAAUUUAACCAAGCGUGAAUAAAUUUUGAUUGUAUGUAAUAACUUGAUUUCAAACUAUAUCACAAGAAGAGCUGAGCAAAUAAUGAAAAUAAAAAGUCCUGAGCUAUUUAUUCAUAUGGCUCCACGGAUUUGCUUUGGCUAUGUCCAACCCUUUUUCUGUUUGCUUUCCAUGAAAAUCCAAGUGAUUGUCUCUUACUAGUGCACAAACUCCAGUAGGUUUACAGACAUACCAGGAAAUUGCAAAAAAAAACCCUGCACAGAUCACACUUGGCUGUAAAUCUGAGUUGUGAGGAGGCAUCAGUUUCAGAGAGUGGGGAAGUAAAGUGGUAACAAUCUGAUAAAUAUGAAAACAAAUUAAUAGCAAUCACAUGAGGUAACAAACACAUGAUCUGCUUUUGGUUUUCCAAUUCUCAUUUCACUGGAGAACUUAUUGGCUAUGAUGUAUUUGCUCAGCUCAAACUAAAAGACAACUAGACAAAUAAAAACUAAAGCCAUUGAUUUCAGUGGGAAGUUGGCUUGUAUGCAUAGGGCUUGCAGGAUCAGGCCCUAUAUGAUAUAAACAAGAUGUUGAUAUUUAGCAUUAUAGAUAUUUAUUUAGCAUUUGACUGAUUCAUUUGUUUAUACAAUGAAUUACUUUGUUAUAAACCUGAUUAUAAAUUUUCAUUAUAAAACAUUGCAUUGUGUUUUGAGUAAUUGUCCUGAGAUUAUUUGAAAACUUGAGUUGUUUUAUUUAAGGGGAUAAUGCACCUGCCAAUAAGAUCAUAUUAAAAGAGCAUAACAAUGAUAAAGUAAUGAUAUGGAUGUGUAGAUAAAAAGAA